AUGGCAAGGACACGGGCAGUUCAGACCUGUGAAGCAUGUCGGAAGGCAAAGGUGCGCUGCGACAGAGGGAAACCACAGUGCUCGCGGUGCUCCAAGACGAGCCGCGAAUGUUCAUAUCAUAUAGAGGAACCAGGCCUCUCUCACGAAUCCUCGUCUGCGUCUUACACUGCAUUAUCUGAUCCCGCUAGCCCCAAUCAGGGCAAUCCAUGGAGAGUGGACCGGAACAGUGCCGCCUCGUCUUCAGCCUCUGAUGUGAGCGAGCCUCUCGAUUCCACUGAAGCAUUGAAUGGACAUGAACCCCCAUGCAACGGCUUGUAUUCUCUCACAGAGGCCGGGCCACAGCACUGGGUAUCACGCAGGAGAAAGCGAAAUACAAUAUCUUGUGUUCGCUGCCGACGUAUGAAGGUACGCUGUGAUCGUCGGUUACCUUGCGGUCGUUGUUCAAAGAUAAAUAGGGGUGACGAGUGCGUUUACGCAAAACCCGAAAGGACAGCCGACGAUGAUGGCCUGCUUUCCCGACCUUCUAGUGAUAUCCCCCAAGCACCGGUCACACAUCGAAUAUGGAGAUCCAAAUUCCGCACACCGGCCCAUUGGGCCCCUCUAAUCCAAGAUAUGGAGAGUCUAUAUACCCCAUCUUGUUCUCAGGACAAGAAACUAAUUCCUGAUGAUGAUACUAAAAAUGUCCUUGAGAGUUCAUGGUCACCAAAUUAUCCUUUUGGUGAAAAACCUCGUCGUUCCAAGUCAACAAGAAAGGCAAUGUUAGCUUCCCUACCUAGCCGAGACGUAGCAGACAAGUUCGUCCAAUCUUACCUUGAUGUUAUUGAAACAUCACACCGCAUACUUCAUGUUCCAACUUUCCAGCUCCAAGUCCAAGCAUUUUGGGAUCAGCCUAAUGCGGCUGACGAUAGCUGGCUUGCACAAUAUUUUACUAUUCUCGCCCUAGGAUGUGACGCUGCUAGGGCUGAAAAUCCCGAAUCAACAGGGCAUUACAGCGAGCUACGCAAUACACUGCUAACUGCUGCAGAAACCUGUCUCAGGCUCACUCCAUUCCUGUAUCGACCGACAUUAGCUAAUCUCAGAACGCUAUGUCUCAUUGUCCUUGCAAAACAGAUACAUACGAUGUCAUGUUCUGAACAUGAAGCGUGCUGGCCACUCACUGGUCUUAUGGUUCGGCUAGCAAUGCUGACGGGCCUCCAUUCGAGCAAUAGCAAUAAGUUCUAUUCGCCCUUCCAUGCCGAGAUGAGGAAUCGGCUAUGGGCUGUAAUAUGCUUUAUGGAUCUCAAGCAGUCGUUGCUCUCAGGGAUGCCACUUCAGAUGACAAUAGAGACAUUUACUUGCGUUCAACCUGCGAAUAUAAACGAAGAGGAAAUAAACGAGUCGUUCAGUGGCGAAAUACCCAGUCGACUGCUUCCAGAAAGAACAGACGCCACCGUGCUGGUCAUUUUACACGAUGUUUUCCCACUGGUUGCUGAAAUUCUGAGAGCAGUAAAUUCAGCAGAUUCGUCUUUUCAGUAUGAAGAUGUUCUGGAGUACGAUCGACAGCUAAGGUUCAAGAUGAAAGAAUAUGAAAUCAUUCUCCAGUCACCUCCAAGACGCCUGGUCGAGCCUACCGAAUGCACACCCAUUGAUAUUGAUUUUGAAAAGAUCCUUCUUAAUGUCUAUUUCCGUCGAGUACUACUCACAUUGCACGGUCGUUUUGCCAGGCUACCUCAAGCAUUUAUCGAAUACUCGGUUGCUUACUGGUCGUCUUUAGAGUGCUCUCUUGCACUUCUUGUGCAGCAGAGAGAACUAGGUGAACAGGCAGCACAUAACCGCGGCGUCUCGACAUGGUUCUCUGGUAUUUUCAAGCAAGAUUUCUUCACGGCUGCAAUGACUUUAUGUUUCCACCUAAUUAAAAAUGACUCUCCUUUAGAAUUACCCACGGAACAUCUCUGCCAGAUUCAAGCACGGGAGACAGUUCUCGAGACUCUGAGAUCAUGCAGGGACCUCUGGGAGAAAGAAAAGGAUUUGUCAGGGUGCCACGGCCGAGCGUGUGAUCUCGUUACCAAGUUGGUAAAUUUUCUGGAAGAAGCGGCCUAA